GGGCAUGUCCUUUUUUUAUCCAUUUUCAGUUAAAGAUGCGUGAACAGAGCGUGGUUGGCGCCUAUGAGAAGACAAGCGGCAAGACCAUGUCGGGUGGGGAGAUUUUAAAAGCGGAGAUACGCUUGAUCAAAGAUUCACCACAGGGUGGAGUAGAAAAGGAAAUAAAGACAAAUGAGCUACAGUCUCCAGUAGCCCAAGUGAGCCGCUACCACAACUCCAUGUCUUUUGGUGGCCGGUCUGAAAAUACACCCAAACACAGCGGCGCUGCCUCCAUGGAGACAACUGAUAACAAACACCAAGGCCUUUCUGAGCGGCGGGGUCACGAUUCCUCAGGACGCGUCGAGGUUAGCUCGGGUUUCUCUCCCAAUAAGCCUCCCGGGUUGGAUCGUACGACAAGCCCCGCAUGGUCGGCACACGUGUUCCCCACGCCGGCUUCAUCCAGGGAGUCCAUCCUCUCAGAGGGCUGGGACAGAGACAAGUGCUGGCCCGCCAUGCCGCUUUCCUCUGUUGCCUCUCCUUCUUCUCUCAGCCGCACCGUCUCUCCCUGCUCGUCGGUGCGCUCUGGCGUCUUCUCCCCUGCUGUGGUUCAGAUCAGAAAGCACGCUCUCGCUCCGGGCUCCAGUUUGGUUCACAUCCCUCAGUCCUGUUUUUCAUCAUGUGACAGCCUGGCUUCUUCAAUCCACCCGCAGUCUCCUCCUGUUCGGCGCCGGCUUCCCCUCACCAGACUCUCCCUCUUGACAGCCAUCCUGAGGAAAGGCCGCCUGCCCGUUCUCUCUGCUUCUCUCCCGAGGCCUUACACCCCCUGUUGGCCGGUGAACCCCGUGACUCUCACUUUCUGCAACGCGUGCUCAGCAGCUUCCACCGUGGCCUCCAUUCCCCUGGAGUUUUCCUCUCCGUUCACAUCAUCUACAACCUUAGAUGGUCAAGCUUUUCCUCACAGGGAGCCUAUUAGGUCUGUUACGGCGCCCCCGCCUGAGCUGCCUGAUGAGCACAGUAGGCCUCGCGCUCCAGUUAAAUGGUGCUCAAGGGAGAGUCGCCCAAGAAGUCUGCCGAAGUGGGACCAGGCUAUCUCGUCGCCGCAGAUGGAGAGCAGGACCGUGCUGCCGAGAGACCCAUCACCAGGACUAUGCUCAAAAUUUAAAGGCGUUGCACCGAACGACAUAGAAAUCCCACGGCAGCCUACUUUUGCGUUCAAGCCUCCUGAGUUGAAGCCCAGCUUUGCUCACCUGUACCUGAGCAGCAAAAGAGACCACAACUUUGACAAAGACAUGACUCCGCCUACACUUUUGUGUCAAGCGGCCACUUCUACAACGGAGAAAAGUCCGCAGCCAAAUUCUUCCCUGUCAAAACUUCGCUGGCUUUCCGAGCGCCUGCGAUCCCCUUCUCCCAGCAGCCCCUUGUCUUCUCAAUCACAUUCCCGCUCAGCCAGCACCGCCACAUCACCUCUCCCUUCUUUCACCACGGGGAGGUGUAAAUCACCGCAAGGCUUCCCCAAGGCACAUAACCUGACUUCUCGCGACACACCCGUCGCUUUUUCCGGGUGGCACUCGCCCAUCGGCUCUCCCACGCCUACGCCCUCUCCCGCCACGCUAUUUCGAGACUUCACGCCAUCCCCUUCCUUCUCCCCGCGCUUCACGCCCUCCCCGAGGCCGGGGAGUGGAAUAUCAGACUGCAGUGACAGGGAGAGUAAAAAAAGAAAGCCUCACAAGAUUAAGUCAAGCUACAAAUCACUUGCUGCAAUCCCUACAAACACCGUUCUCUUGGAUCAGCAGGUAAUAGAUGAGCAGGUAGAGAGGGAGAACGUCUUGAAAAGAGGAAUCAUGCGUGAUGAAGAAGACACCCAUGCUGAGAUGUGCUCACCUGCUCAGCUACGGCAGCAGUCAGAGGAACUGUACGCAGCAAUUGAUGAGAUCUUGGCAAAUUCCAAUCCACCAAACAAAACGGCGACCAAGAUGUUGGCGACCGACGUCAGUUUGCGGAGCAACUCUACCAAGUCUUUGGGACGUGAAACCAAAUAUGCAUCUGUCAGCAGUGUGCAUCCACUUCCAAGUGUCAAAAGAAGGCUGACGGACUCCAAAAAGACGAAGCCUGGGAUUGUUCACCCGAUGAUGACUGUUCCAAAAUUGUCAGAGAAGGACGGAGCAGAAUAUAGAGGCUAUCUCUUCAGAGAAACGGAUGCCCGUCGCAGCUUAAAAGGCAACGCCAAGACGGAAAGUGUGGGCCUUGAAGACACGGGGGGAAAUGGUCACACAAGUAGAACAAGUCAAGCGCUGCAAGGACAGAGGACAUCUGAAAGAAGAGGUCCAUAUGCCAUGUGGGAAUUGCAGAUCAUUGAGCCCGAAGGCCAGAUCAGUCAUGACGCCUCCACCUCUCUCUGUUCGCAACCUUGUGAAACUCACAUUUAAGUCAAGGAACUCAAACAAUGAAAUAUUUGUGACAUCAAUUCGAAUAGAAGACAAGAAAAUACUUUCACCGGCUCCGAGUUGAGCUGUGUUUUUGUAACCAGCCCUGUGCUAACAAGCAUUCAUAAAUAAUGUUUGAAAGAGGAGACGAUACAACCAGUUUCAUUACAUUUCUUGAUGUUGGUUUGGGAUGAUGUGUCAGCGCCAAAGGGCAAGGCGAGUUUCCGUUUGCACGCAACAAAAGUAGUGAAAUGUCUACAAGUUGACAAGAGUGCAAGUCUGUUUCAGUCAUUUGUACGUUGACUGCUGCGACUGUCAGCAGUAACUAAUUAUUCUGGUUAGUUAUGUCACAGACUUAGUUCGAUUUCUUUUUUUUUUUUUACCUUACUGGCUGAUUAGAGUGUAAAGAAGGGCUUUUAUUUUAUUGGUAAAGUGAUGUGGCUCUUGAAAUAAUAAACAUAAUGGGGGGGGGAGGGGGUUCAGGAACAUGUGGAAGAACCGCUCAGCGCGAAAGUGAAUUGUCCAAUAUGGAAUCUCGCCACACGUAUUGACUUGACGUGUACAAGAACGACAUGGGCAACAUUGAAGUCUGUGUAUGUACGGUAAUAUGUGCGAAUGAAUUCCUCCGCAAAGGAUGCCAUAUGAUGAAAUUUCCAGAUCUGACUAUUGGGGAAAUCCAUUUCUUCAUUUUCGUUUAGACGGCACUAGUGACCUUGCAGUAUUAUUUUUCUAGAUAGCAGAAUAAUAAAUUUUCACUUUCCAGGAUAGGAGAAUUUCAUCUUCUGUCUUUUAGUCGAAAUAUUUUGAAAACCUUCUUUCAUGCCAGUGUUUUAUUGAGCAGAUUUUUGCUGCCCAGGGUAGUUGUGCCUUGGCGGAGGUCUGCGUGGAUGUACCAUAUGCUUUUACUGGCAUUGUCCUUCUUUAAAAGGGGAAGUUGUUUAAAAAAUGUUCUUCGCAGCAUUAAUACUCUAGAUACGCUAUUCUGAUUAAUAUUGCCUUUGUGGAAUAUGAAUUAAGCAGAGCAAUCCCUCCUACUUGUAUCCAUCUCAUUGGGCGUCCUUUUUGUCAUUUCCUGUCGACUGAAAAUGUCAUCAGUAUCUUAGGGCUCAGCUUGUCAACAUCACAUGACCAAACCCACAAAACAGGUGAGCCGUGGCAGUCGUUAAACAACACAUUAGCUCAGAAUGAACCAACAGUUCCUGUUCAGGUUGCAAGGAGUGCACAUCGUGUUGCCUCAGGCGCUUGAAGAUGUGAAAAAUCAACAAUUAGUUCCACGCAAUCCAAAAUAAUUCUACCAAUCUGUUAAUAUGCCCAUCCCUUAUCCAACAAUUCGUGGAACUCCCGGUGAAUGGUUUUCUGGAAACACCCGCAGCAACUUGGUGAAGUUGUCCAGUUUUUAAUUAAUAGUUGUUUUUUUUAAUGCAAGCCACAGAACAUGGCGGUACUAGAGACUUCAAAUAGGCAAUAUUCAAUAUUCUACUUUGGCAUACACCCAAAGGUAUUACCCAAGGGCAGUCUGGUUUUAAUUAGAAAGAAAAAAAAUACAGUUAUGCAGGAAAUAUUUGAGCUGAAAAGAAUUUCUGUUGUGAGUCAGCCUAUUAAUUAAUUUUUUUUGUUACUACUUGGUGGGCAGGAACUGCUACUACUACGUGUACAUGGGCUACGGCAUUGUGUGCACAAAAUAGAAAGUGUGCAUGUAGCCACUACAAGUGCAGCUACUCAGUGUCACCCUUCUACUAAGGUACAAGUGUCAAACUCAAGGCCUGGGGGCAAGAUCUGGCCCACCACAUCAUUUUAUAUGGCCCUCGAAACAAAUAAUGUGUGUCAACUUCCAUGAUCCUUGCUCGAAUCUAAACCAAAAUGUCAAAUUGUCAUGUGUAAUAAAUAAUGUUGAGAUUU